AUGUUAAGAUUUGUCAAUGAAUCUUUUUUGAAGGUUUCAAAUAAAGAGCUUGUACAUAUAAAUAUACAUAUAAGUAGAAACAAUUUAUUUUUUAAUAAAAGGAUAAUAAGAAGAGUUGAUAAUAUUAUAAGAGUAGAUAUAGAUAGAUUAAGUUAUUACAUAUCAGGAUAUCGUGUUAAUAAAUUGUUAUCGUUUGUUAAUUUUAAUAAAAGAAUCCAUACAUUAAGAUUAGAAGAAAUGGUAACAUUAACAUUUACAGGAAUAAGUGAUAAUCCAAAUAUAGUAGAGGAAGAAGAAAGGAUAUUAAAAUAUUGGGAAGAUAUUGAUGCAUUUAAUUUAUCAAAUGAAUUAUCUAAAAAUAAAAAGCCAUAUAUAUUUUAUGAUGGACCUCCCUUUGCAACAGGAUUACCACAUUAUGGUCAUUUAUUAGCUGGGAUUAUAAAAGAUUGUGUUACUAGAUAUUUUUAUCAAUCCAAUUUUUAUGUUGAGAGAAGGUUUGGAUGGGAUUGCCAUGGAUUACCCGUUGAAUAUGAAAUAGAAAAAGAGAAUAAUAUUAAUAAAAGAGAAGAUAUAUUAAAUAUGGGUAUUGAUGUAUAUAAUGAAAAAUGUCGAGGAAUUGUUUUAAAAUAUUCUAAAGAAUGGGUAGCAACCGUUCAACGUAUUGGUAGGUGGAUUGAUUUUAAGAAUGAUUAUAAAACUAUGGAUAAAAGUUUUAUGGAAAGUGUUUGGUGGGUUUUUAGUGAAUUAUAUAAAAAUAAUUAUAUUUAUAAAUCUUUUAAAGUUAUGCCCUAUUCAUGUAAAUGUAAUACACCCAUAUCCAAUUUUGAAUUAAAUUUAAAUUAUAAAGAUACACCAGAUCCAAGUAUUAUAAUUAGUUUUAUAUUAUGUUCUGAUUUCCCGAAGGUCAAAAAUGUAUAUAAUAUACAAGAUGAUAUCCAACCACUUGUUCAGAAAUAUUCGGUUCUUUAUGAUUGUUAUAUGAAAAGCGAAAAAUGUGACACGUCCAAUGAAAAACAUGCUGAUGAGGAUAUUUACAGUGAUCACAUUAAUGUUAAUAAAAAUAAUAAUAAAAAUAAUAAUAGUAAUAAUAAUAAUAAUAAUAAUACAAAUUGUAAUGAUAAUAAUAAUAUAAAUUUAAAUUAUAAUAACAAUUGUUAUGCUCAACAUUGUGAAGUGUUUGCAUGGACCACCACACCCUGGACCUUGCCAUCAAACCUUGCUCUCUGUGUUAAUGAACAUUUCAUUUAUUUAAGAGUGUAUCAUAUAGAAAGUCAAAGAAUGUUUAUUUUUGCUGAAUGUAGAUUAGAAUGGAUUAUGAAAGAAUUAAAAUGGAAUGUAGAAAAUAUCAAAAUUGUGAAUCGUUUUCUUGGUAGUGAACUAAAAGAAUUAAAAUAUAAACCCUUAUUUACGAAUUUUUAUGAAAAACAUAAUUUUAAAGAAAGAGCAUAUAAAAUAAUUGCUGAUGAUUUUGUAAGUGAUGAUGCUGGUACAGGUAUCGUACAUUGUGCUCCGUCUUAUGGUGAAGACGAUUAUCGAGUAUGUUGUAAAUAUGGUAUCAUAGAUCCGGAAAGUAAUAUAUUAAUUGAUCCUCUAGAUUGGAAUGGAUAUUUUACUAACGAAGUAGAAGAAUUAAAAGAUAUGUAUAUAAAAGAUGCUGAUAAUGUUAUAAAGAAAAAGUUAAAAGAAAAUAAUCGACUAAUGAGUAAUAAUACUAUUGUCCACUCGUAUCCAUUUUGUUGGAGAAGUGAUACACCAUUAAUAUAUAGAGCUAUCCCAGCUUGGUUUGUACGUGUAAGUAAUUCAACAAAUAAAUUAGUUGAGAAUAAUGAAACAACUUAUUGGAUCCCAGCACAUGUAAAAGAGAAAAAAUUUCAUAAUUGGAUUAAGGAUGCAAAAGAUUGGUGUAUUAGUAGAAAUAGAUAUUGGGGUACACCUAUACCUAUAUGGUGUGAUGAAAAAAUGGAAACUGUUAUAUGUGUUGAAAGUAUAAAACAUUUAGAAGAAUUAUCUGGUAUUAAAAAUAUUAAUGAUUUACAUAGACAUUAUAUUGAUAAUAUUGAAAUAAAAAAUCCCAAAGGUGAUACAUAUCCCAAAUUAAAAAGAAUACCAGAAGUUUUUGAUUGUUGGUUUGAAAGUGGUUCUAUGCCUUAUGCUAAAGUACAUUAUCCAUUUUCUACAGAAACAAAUGAUUUCCAUAAAAUAUUCCCUGCAGAUUUUAUAGCAGAAGGAUUAGAUCAAACUCGAGGUUGGUUUUAUACAUUACUAGUUAUUAGUACAUUACUUUUUAAUAAGGCUCCUUUUAAAAAUUUAAUUUGUAAUGGUUUAGUUCUAGCAUCUGAUGGAAAAAAAAUGAGUAAACGUUUAAAAAAUUAUCCAGAUCCAUUAUAUAUAUUAAAUAAAUAUGGUGCUGAUAGUUUACGAUUAUAUUUAAUAAAUUCAGUUGCUGUACGUGCUGAAAAUUUAAAAUUUCAAGAAAAAGGAGUAAACGAAAUUGUCAAAAGUUUUAUAUUACCAUACUAUCAUAGUUUUAGAUUCUUUUCUCAAGAAGUUACAAGAUAUGAAACUACAAAUAAGAUGCAAUUCUUAUUUAAUACAGAUUAUAUUUAUAAAAAUGACAAUAUUAUGGAUCAAUGGAUUUUUUCCUCUUUACAAAGUUUAAUAAAUUCAGUACAUACAGAAAUGAAGGCAUAUAAAUUAUAUAAUGUACUUCCUAAGUUAUUAAAUUUUAUAGAGAAUUUAACAAAUUGGUAUAUUAGAUUGAAUAGAGAUCGUAUGAGAGGUAUGUUAGGUAAAGAAAAUACUCACCAAUCAUUAAAUGUUUUAUGUAGAACAUUAUAUUUGUUUACAAUAAUUAUGGCCCCUUUUACACCUUUCAUCUCGGAAUAUAUUUACCAAUUUUUAAAAAAUAUAAAAUAUACAAAUAACCAAAAUAUGGAACAUAAUGAAAAUAACGAAACAACUAAUAUAAAAGAGGAAGACCUAAAUCGAAACGAUAUACAUAAAAGUGUACAUUUUAUUAUGUUACCACAAGUAGAUGACAAAUAUAUUAUAAAAUAUGAAUUUAUAGAACUUAUUGAACACAUGAAAGAUGUCAUUUUGUUAGGAAGAAAUUUAAGAGAAAAACGAAAAACACCAAAUAAGAAACCAUUGAAAUCAUUAACAAUAUUACAUAAAAAUGAAUCAUUUUUUAAACAUUUUGAUCGUAUAUCUAAUUAUAUAAAAGAAGAAUUAAAUAUUCUUAAUGUAGAAUAUUCCAAUGAUAUUUCAUGUUUAAAUUUUUCAGCAAUACCGAAUUUUAAGAAAUUAGGAGUAAAAUUAGGAUAUAAUAUCAAAAAUAUACAAAAUAAAAUUAAAAAUAUGAAUGCAGAAGAUAUUAAAUUAUUUCAACAAAAUAAACAAAUUAUUAUAGAUAAUAUAUUAUUAGAACAAGAUGAUAUUAUAAUACAAAUGAAUCAUAAUAUACAAAAUGAUAAUACGGAAGCUAUUAGUAAUAAUUAUAUUACUAUAUUAAUGGAUUUUACAGCUGAUCAACAAUUAGAAAAUAUGGCUAGCGCAAGAGAAAUCUGUAAUCAUAUACAAAAAAUCAGAAAAAAUUUAUCAUUAAAUCAAAACUCACCUGUACUCAUGCAUAUAUAUAUAUAUGAUCAAACAUUUAAAAAUCAUAUGCUUAACGAAAAUGAAUAUAUCAAAAAAUGCUUAAGAAGAAAUCUAAAUAUAAUUGAUCUUGAAAAGGAUGUACAGAAUUUGACCGACAAAUUCUUCGAGGAAAAAAUUACUGUUAAUGAAAAGGAGGUACUCGUCAUUUUUACCAACCAAUAA